AUGUCUUCCAAUGCAUCAGAUCUUUCCGAAACAAUAACCACUUUCCGCAAUCUUGAAGCAAACUUCUUUUCCUCUCUGUCACCACAGGACCUUCAUGUAUUAACCCUCAACUCCUGCUAUUCGCCAACAGAUCUCUACCAUUACGGGGAAUUCGCCUUUCUCCUUUCGAAUCUGCGGCCUUGCAUUCUAAUAUACGUACCCUCUUUGGAGAUUGCAUCCACCGAAUCGCGCGUUCAUGACCUGCUGUUGCAGUACAUACAAGCAGUCUGGAUACCUAGCAUACGGUCACUUGCAGACAUGUUUGAACUGAGGAAGUUGUCGAAGGUGUCCAGCCCGCAUGCAGUGUUGGACGGGGCGUGGGUUUGCAUCAAUAUGAAGCAUGCGGAUGCUCAGUAUGUACAGCGAACAUUCUUUGUGGAGGAUCUUUCUGGACGACCACGUGUGGUUUCUGAAGCGGAUAUGGCUCGAGUGCUAGACUACCCUUCAGCUCUGCCAGAAGUCGAUCCUCAGGAACACGAUCAAUACAUUCAGAUUGCAUAUCUUGAGGAUGACGGAAAGCUUGCGGCUGGGCCAUCGCAGAAAACUCCGGUUAUGACAUGUUUCAUAUCACGAUCCGAUGAUUUAUCGAAGGUGAAGGAACAUUUUGCGAAAUACAGUGCCGCAAUGCGAACAGUUGGAAUCACACUUCAAUUGGCAUGCGCAUGA